AAAAACAAAACAAAAAGCUUGAAAAAUCUAAACAGUCAAAAUUCCAAUAAUUCCACUGUUGAAUUCAAGCCGAUUGCCCACUGUAUUGUUGUCCAACUUGCCAGCACAAAAAUUGUAAAGUCUUUCUCAAAUCUCAUAGAAUCGAAAAUUUGAAUUAAAGUGUUUCUCAAAUCUAAAAAAAUUGAGGAUUUGAACUGGAUCUAGCGAAAAAUUGAGGCAAGAGAGGAGGUCAAUCUUUUCUGAAAAAACUUUUGAAAGGCAUUUUUUUCUGGAGGCCAAUUUUUGGACGAAGAAGGUAAAUGCCAAAAAUCCAACAAGCCAUUGCCUCCACCGGCAACCAUGUGUACCAUCAUCCCAUUCCCUUUCCUUUGCCAGCCGAUCGCCAACCCAACCCCACCGAUCUCCCAACUACCCCCCAGGAACAGCUCCCAUCUCCCACCGACGCACCACCCACAGCCCUACUGAGAUAGCCAUCGAAACUGCCAACAAAUAAAUAGCAACUGUCACAGCCAAAAGCAAAAAAUAAAAAAACCAAGCCAUCAAAGCCAAAAAAAAAAAUUGCAAACAACCACAGUCCUCUAUUGAGGAAUCCAUCGGGAAAAAAAAAAGAAACAGAAAAGGGCCCGUUGAGGAUGAAAAGGGGCUUUCGGUCAUGGGAUUUUUUUGUUGUUUUUAUGAGUGAUUUGGGAGAGUAUUUUUAAGAUUUUGGGAAAGGAGAGAAAAGAGCUAUUUUUUUGGGCGGUGGGAGCGACGGCGGCGUAUGGAGGUCAGCGCGGGCGAGGAGACUUUUGGAUGAUCUGAACCGGUAGAAAGGAAGGAUGGAAGAGGAGAAAAAACAUACUUUGGUUUCAGGACGACCGGACGGCGAGAAGAGGGUGAACGGCGGUUUAAAAUUUCUGGUUAAAGUUUCAGAUCUAAGCUAUUAUGAGGUGAUUGCUGAAUCUGAGACAAGAAGGAAGAGAGGAGUCCACGGCUGAAAUUUUGGAGUCAACUGACGCCGAACGGGGGCGGUGAACGGCGGCCGGGUCGGCUACCGUCGCCGGGAUCUGGGUUAGGGGAGAGUGGCCGGGUGUGUCUUUUUUGGAGAGAAAAUGUUGCAUUUGAUACAAAAAACGGAAAACUCAGGAGCCAAUAAUUAGCACAUAUGCCAACUUUAGAGAUGAUGUGCUUCCCCACAUUAAAAGACUUGGAUAUAAUGCUGUUCAAAUCAUUGGCUAUUCAAGAGCACUCGUAUUAUGCUAGAUUUGGGUAUCAUGUGACAAACUUCUUUGCACCAAGUAGUCGUUUUGGAACCCCUGAUGAUCUUAAGUCACUGAUAGAUAAGGCUCACAAGUUGGGUCUACUUGUUCUUAUGGAUAUUGUGCACAGGUACAAAGGUUUCUUCUUUCAAAUGCAAGAUGGUGGCUGGAAGAAUACAAGUUUGAUGGGUUCAGAUUUGAUGUUGUGACUUCAAUGA